AUGCCCCGUUUCCAUCCCGUCCACGCCCUGCCAUUGCUGCUUGCCACCACCUUUACGAUCGGUGGUGCGAUGCCUCUUUGGAACCCGUCCGGCGCCAUUCGCGAGUUCGGCCUUCCCGAACACAUUCAGACAUCCGGUGAGGCGCAGUCGGCUUGGAAGAUCUAUGGUAUGCGAAUGUCGCUGUGGGGGGUUGCCAUGUGGACCUUCUUUCUCCGGGAAAACUUCGAGGCGCUUGAUACUAUGAUGAGCCUGUUUGUGGGUACGGGAGCUGUCGACGGUUAUGUGUGUUACUGCGAAGAGGUUCCAGGUCAGGGACUUUUCAGAUUCGGCACCAGCGUCGUUCUUGGACUUUGGGGCAUUCUCGGGCCUAUCGACAACGACCCGUCGUAG